UGAUGUGUAGUGUUUUAUAAUUAUGCACGCGCCCCCACCCCGAAUGAACCAAAUAUAUUAGGAAGACAGCAGCAGACUAGACAGAUAUUCGAAAAUGUCUUCAUGCAGUGUGCUGUUAGUGCUUAGUUUGUGCUUCGGGUUAAUUGUUGCUCAAGAGGAUAGCAAUGCUGAGGAAACAACAACAGUUGUAAGUAAUUCUACGAUAGAAACAGCUUCAAAUUCCACAGCUGAAGUUACGAAUAUUACUACAGAAGCAACAGAAGGAACAAAUACUACUUCCGAAACAGAAACAAGCCAUCCUGCAAAUACGGAGACAGAUUCAACAAAUAAUUCUGCAGCAACAGAGGAACCUUCAAAUGUUACAACAGCGGCAGAGGAACCUUCAAAUGUUACUACAGCGGCAGAGGAAUCCGCGAAUGCUACUGUUGCAGAAGAGGAGCCAAUGAAUGUUACUGCUGCAACAGAGGAGCCAACAAAUUCUGUUACAGCACCAGAGGAAUCCGUAAAUGCUACAUCAACUGAAGAACCGACAAAUGCUACUACAGAACCUGCAGAAACGACUACAGUUAAAGUAUAUUUAGAAGAAGUAUCGUGGAACGUAACAGAAAUUUGGAUAAACGGCGGUGGUGAAGAUGAUGAUGAUGAUGAUGAUGAUGAUGAGUACGACGAUGAUACACGUGAAGACGAUGACGAAAACGACGAAGAGGAACAGCCUACAAGUCAAAACAGCACAUCGUGUGGGGAGAAUGAAGUAUAUAAGAGCUGUGGAAACCCAUGCGAAUCAACAUGUCCUGUAAUGUUCAGAAAACGUCCGUUCUGUAGAGAAGAUUGUCGACCCGGUUGUUUUUGUAUACACGGUUAUGUCAGAGACAAAAACAGAAAUUGUAUUCAUCCCAUAAACUGCACUCUCACUAUAUCCAACUAGGAAAAUAUAGGCCUAUAUAUAUAUAUAUAUAUAUAUAUAAUAUAAAACAAUAGCUGUUUUUUAGAAAACAAGUAUGCUAUUUAAACGGAUGAUCCCAAAACUUUGUUUGAGGGAUUUAUUAAUUUAAAUUAAGUUAUGUAAAUAAAUGGAGAAUUUGUAUACUUGUUAUUAAAGUUUUGUUUAUUUUG